GCUGAUGGGGAGGAGGGGGGGGGGGGAGAGAGAGAGAGAGAGCGAGAGAGAGAGAGAGAGAGAUGAAAGCUGGCUGGUUUCCCGCUGGAUUCGCGACACCUGAGCUGAAGGCUGGCUCCCUGAUGGCAGAAGACGAGAGCAAUCUGGUCUGCAGGAGGAAGAUGGCAAUGGCGGCAGCUGCUCCAACAUGGGCAACGGCGGCAGCAGCUCCAAGAACGCGAGUGGCAGCAGCUUCGAUUGGUGGUAGCUUGGAGGAGGCAGCGGCUUCAAGCAGGCAGGCGACGUCGCCUGGCGAUCCACAGGUCAGGGCCAGCGCUGAAGGAGCGCAAGAGCCAUUCUGGGUCUUCAAUGGAGAAUACUGGUCUGUGCGAGAAAAACGAGCAUGGCACGGGUGUCCCGACAUCAUGUAGCAGCAUCCACAACUUCCGAGAAGACGGUUUUUGCAAGAACAUCAGGUUUCUUGACCAGAGUGUUGGUGGUUGGGGGACGCUUUGCUUUUGCAAGUUUACACACAAAGACGACGAGAAAUGCCAUUUUUGUAUAGUCACUCCCAAUGGUAAUGAUGCGAUUGCACAUUCAAUGUGGUUGGCACUCUUCCAUGUAAUAUUUUUUUUGACGUCACCACAUCCGCCAUGCAUGAUUUCCGUUUACUGUCUCUAGCUGCCUUUCACUUUGCUUUCUUGCCCUGUCUUCAUGUUUGCUAAUUUCGUUGUUUUCCUUCGAAGUAGAAUUCGUACGGUAUGUUGUUCUUUCAAUGUGUAAACUCUGAUCUUCCAUCUCACGGUUGUUGCGACUUUGUUGCAUGUCUCAUUGAAUAGCUGCCCUUGAGAGCUAAAACAUAGUUCCCUUAGCAAUUUAUUAAGCUUUGAUGAAUCGGUUUGGUGGUGUCAUAAUCCCUGGACCCUUAAUUGACACGUUGCUCAUUUUCUGGGCACUGUCAUCCGUUCAACUAGGUAGAGGAACAUAUGACCAAUGAUGUCUCAGCUUUAUGUUGAUUCUUGAUUGCUGAUUAUAUCAUUCUUGCAACGUAAAGAGGUGCGUGGCAGGGGACUGUAAGAAUACGAAGUGUUGUUUAGCAGGGGAUUUGCGAAAGAAGAAGGGUUGUAUAGCCAGGAGAUAGCUGGAGAAUGAAGGAAUGUAUAGCCAGGAGAGUUUAGGAAGGAGUGUGCAGCAGGGGAUUGCAGAGAGAGAGAAGGGAUGCAUCAUGGGAAAUUUCAAGGAGAUGAUGAACAGGGGUAUUGGAAAGAAUGACAGGACGGUAAGGGACACGUCACAAGGAAUUACAGGAUCGCAAGGGGUAUGUAGGGAGCGAAUAGGAGGAUGAGGCAGGGGUGUGUAGCAGGGGACUGGAGGAAGAUGAACGGGAUCCCUAGAGGAGAGCAGAAAAAGGAAGUGGUAAGUACAACUCUUUAGGGGAGAGAAGAAAAAGGAAGUGGCAAGUACAAGUGUUUAAGUAAGAAGGUUUCAAUGAUCUGAACAAGUCUUUAAGUAGGAUAGGAAGAAGAUUGUCAUGAUUUUAAGUUAAGUGAUAAUCUGACUACGAGCGGGUAAGGUUUCAGCGGAUGAGAGAGCGGUUUAGAAGGGGAAAUACAGAAAAACGAAGAGGAUUCUGGCAGGGAGCAGACAAAGGAGGAAGUGGUAAGUACACGUUGUUCACUAAUACCACUGUGAUUAGAAAUGAGUUAUGUUUUCAUAAUCUUUCAGCCUGUUACAGGGUGUUAGUUUGACAGUUGUAGAGUUAGUCAGGGAAGAGUAAGGUAUGAUAUAUGUCUUGCUUCUUCUUGCGUGGUUGCCAGGCUGGGAGGAUGCGCCCUUAUGGACAGAUCUUCGGUUCAAUGAGGGUUAAGAGGCGAUCACUUAUGCAAGGGAGUAGAAGAUGAAAUUCGAAUUUCCACAUGCAGUAAUAAUAUAUGCGCCCUUACGGACUCAUCUCCAAUUAAACGACGGUUAAGAGGCAAUCGCUUGCGCAAGAGAGUUCAAGAUGAAAUCCGAAUUUCUACAUGCAGUAAUAAUCUAUAUGGUCUUCACUUGUGUGUACAACAGAGUCCGAGCUUCAGCAUACCUGCAGAUGGGUCUUUAUCUAAGUUUGUCCUCCACAUAGAACUAGAAAGCUUGUCACUUUUGUAAGUUUUGUUCCAUUUGUUA